AUGGGUUCUUUCAAAGUUUAUGUUUCGAUGGUGUCGAUGUUUGUGUUGAUCGCUAUGUUUAAUAGCUCAAGUGGUUUUUAUUUUUACCAUGCAUUAUGUCCAAAAGAAAUUUUGAGUCAACUUUGUAAUCUUGGAAGAUUUCUAAGAAAUGUCUGUCUCAAAGAAAUUUUGAGUCAACUUUGUAAUCUUGGAAGAUUUCUAAGAAAUGUCUGUCUCAAAGUGAAUCCUUGUCAAAAUGGUGGAAAAGAACAGCCUGAUGGAACAUGUGUUUGUACCGAUGAAUAUACAGGCACUACUUGUGAAGAAAAAGUGAAUCCUUGUAAAAAUGGUGGAAUGCCUAGUGUGGGAUGUGUUUGUACAGCUUAUUAUAUUGGUUCUACUUGUGAAGAAAAAGUAAAUCCCUGUAAAAAUGGUGGAACAGAACAGGCUAGUGGAAGAUGUGAUUGUACAGAUGAAUAUACUGGUCCUACUUGUGAAGAAAAAGUGAAUCCUUGUAAAAAUGGUGGAACAGAACAGCCUAGUGGAAGAUGUGAUUGUACAGAUGAAUAUACUGGUCCUACUUGUGAAGAAAAAGUGAAUCCUUGUAAAAAUGGUGGAACAGAAUCGCCUAGCGGAAGAUGUGAUUGUACAGAUAAAUAUACUGGUCCUACUUGUGAAGAAAAAGUGAAUCCUUGUAAAAAUGGUGGAACAGAAUCGCCUAGUGGAAGAUGUGAUUGUACAGAUAAAUAUACUGGUCCCACUUGUGAAGAAAAAGUGAAUCCUUGUAAAAAUGGUGGAACAGAACAGCCUAGUGGAAGAUGUGAUUGUACAGAUAAAUAUACUGGUCCUACUUGUGAAGAAAAAGGGAAUCCUUGUAAAAAUGGUGGAACAGAACUGUCUGAUGGAACAUGUCGUUGUAUAUAUAGAUAUUAUACUGGUCCUACUUGUGAAAGUCAGUACAAUGUAUAA